AUGAUCAGCACAUUGAACUCGAAUCGUGUGAUCACUCGAAAUGUUCGUGCCCACCGUAAUCCAUUGCAAAAACCGCCAUUUGCAGACUUGCGUCAAAUUUAUCAUGUUCUAUCAGCUGCCUCUCAUCGCUUUGGCCACUUUGAUACUUGGUCUCGAUGUGUAAGUCUCGGACAACGGACGUUUUUUGACCAGAAUGCACACUUUUGCAGACUGCAUCGUGCCGAUUGGAACGUCGUGUGCUGUGUGAACAUUCCCCUCUCAAUGGUUCGCGCGCCGAGUUUCAGAGUCUCCUACUCUAAUUGUUCGCAUUUUCAGCUCGUCACCUACACCCGCCUGCGCGCUCUGUUCCAUCCGAAAGGCCGUACUUCCAGGCCGACAGUGACGAAUUUGAAGUUUAUCAAAGGGUUCUCCGUUAUGCAAAUAUUCCUCUACUUCUACUAUCUCUUUGCUUUUGGGCUCUUCUGCAAUCAAUUUCGAAAGGACGCCGAGUUUCCCAGUCAACUCUAUAGUGAGGCUAACUAUUCCAGAAGAAGCGUACAAACAUUCCGACUCACGGUCUCCAGAGCUGACAAUAUGGGCGUGGCCUCGGCAGCCAAAUGGCGUUUUUAUGAAUUGAGCACGUUUUCUCUGAUUUUUGUCGUCGAAGGCGAUGAAAAAUAAUUGUUCGACAUGAAAACACACUAAUUCUCACAGAAUUAAUGACGUUUUGGCGCUCAUUUUUCGCGGACUUUGCUUUUUCGCCGAUCGCCGCCCAAAAACGUCUCAUUUUGCGCUUUCUUGACCGUUUUCAGACAGAAUUGGUUCUGAGAAUGAUAAAUCACGUAAAUACAAGCAUUUUGCAACUGAAAUUCACGCAGUUUUAGGCAAAAAACCUUCAAACGCAUAAAUGUGAUUUGCGACUAGACCAAAUUUGACGCUCUUGCGCUUAAAAAAUUCGUAAUAGCCUAUACAAUCGGUCUAUCGAGAGACAAAUGAGAAAUUAUCGAUUUUUCGUGGCUAAUCUGGCAAAAAACACAAAUUUUGCUGUUAAAAUUUGAAUUUCGCUCUAUUGGGCGGGGCGCACUUGCGCCCAUUGUCAGCUCUGGAGACCGUGCGCGACUCGAUUCGAUUCGAUUUCUCAGCCGUCUAAAUAGCGAAGGAGCAUCACUUUAAAUACACAUUUUCCAGUGAUCACGACUGUAAUCGUUUCGAUUUGUCUCUUUGGCGUUUUAUCUUCGACGGUCACGUGUCUGGUCAUCGAUCAAAUAUUGUCGGACAUUCUCGAGAAGCUCGUCGAACAAAGAGCUGGGGAAGAAGAAGGAAGAGGAAGAGCUGUGGCUCGAUCGCGUCGUUUAUUGCAUUUGAGACAAAGAUCGUAA